GGCUGAGAGAACUGAGGUGCUUAGUGAAGACCUCUUGCAGAUCGAGAGACGCCUCGACACAGUGAGGUCUGUGUGUCAUAUUUCACAGAAGCGAUUAAUCGCCUGUUUUCAGGGCCAGCAUGGCACAGAUGCGGAUAAGAGACAUAAAAAGCUUCCUCUAACAGCUCUUGCUCAAAAUAUGCAAGAAGGAUCUAUCCAGCUGAGUGAUGAAACUCUGUUGGGGAAAAUGCUAGAUACAUGUGGUGAAGCCGAGAAUAAACUGGCAAUGGAACUCUCUCAGCAUGAAGUACAGAUCGAAAAAGAGAUUUUAGAUCCACUGAAUCAACUGACAGAGUCAGAGAUCCCUAACAUUCAGAAGCAGAGGAAGCAGCUUGCAAAGCUGGUGUUGGACUGGGAUUCGGCAAGAGCAAGGUAUAACCAAGCCCACAAGACUUCAGGAACAAAUUUUCAAGUGCAUCCUUCAAAAAUAGAAUCUCUCAAGGAAGAGAUGGAUGAAGCUGGAAAUAAAGUAGAACAAUGCAAGGAUCAGCUAGCAGCAGACAUGUAUAACUUUGUGUCCAAAGAGGGGGAAUACGCUAAAUUCUUCGUUAUGUUGUUAGAAGCACAAGCAGAUUACCAUAGAAAAGCAUUAGCAGUCUUAGAAAAGGUCCUCCCCGAAAUUCAAGCCCACCAAGACAAAUGGACUGAAAAGCCAGCUUUUGGAACGCCUUUGGAAGAGCAUCUCAAACGCAGCGGUCGUGAAAUUGCAGUCCCUAUCGAAGCCUGUGUGAUGAUGCUUUUGGAAACAGGAAUGAAAGAGGAGGGCUUAUUCAGAAUCGCUGCUGGAGCCUCCAAAUUAAAAAAACUGAAAGCUGCCUUGGACUGUUCAACUUCCCAGCUCGAUGAGUUUUAUUCUGACCCUCACGCCGUUGCAGGUGCCUUAAAAUCCUAUUUGCGAGAGCUGCCAGAGCCUUUAAUGACAUAUGGUUUAUAUGAAGAAUGGACACAAGCCGCAAAUAUUCAGGACCAGGAUAAGAAGCUACAAGAAUUGUGGAAAAUUUGUAACAGAUUGCCUAAGCAUUACCAUGCCAAUUUCAGGUAUUUAAUCAAAUUUUUAGCAAAGCUUGCACAAAACAGCGAUGUUAACAAAAUGACACCUAGCAAUGUUGCAAUAGUCCUGGGCCCCAACUUAUUAUGGGCAAAGAAUGAAGGAUCCCUUGCUGAAAUGGCAGCUGCAACUUCAGUUCAUGUGGUAGCAAUUAUUGAGCCAAUUAUUCAGCAUGCAGACUGGUUCUUCCCUGGAGAACAAGAUUUCAAUGUGUCCGGGGCGUUUGUUGCAGUUCCUGCUGUUAAUUCAAAUCACUUGUCACACACUGGGAAUGAAUACGAAUCUGGGACACUGGAACGGAAGAGGCCUGUUAGUAUGGCUGUUAUGGAAGGGGAUCUGUUGAAGAAGGAAAGCCUGAGGAAGGUUCAAAGAUCUGGGGGUCUGAAAUCCAGAGACAGAAGGGUGUUUCUAGUAACAUCUAUGAGUAUCUAACCUCUGAUGUUCCAUGGCUUCUUUCCCAAGCCCAUAAGCUGAGGUGGUGUUACCUGGUGCCUUCAUGAUAAGACUUCUGAUUUGAUGAUGGUACAGUAUACCACAGCAGAUAGAAUGCUU